AUGGGUCUUCUAACCACUGGCGGCCAGCCUCUGCAGUGGGGUACAGAGGAAAACAAUCGUGCCAAAGAGUACGUGUCAGCACAUGGCAUUCAACAGUUUCUGUGGGUGUACAACAAACAGAAGGAGCUACCUGAUUUCCCGUUUCUAUGGGGAGACGAAAUUGAACACCAGCUCGUGCGCCUUGAGAGCCGCAAAGUCAAACUAUCGCUUAACGCUGCGGACGUUAUCAAACGCCUUAGUCAAAGCAGCGGCGAGAGUACUGCAGAAUGGCGCCCAGAAUAUGGGAGUUUUAUGGUCGAGAGCCUCCCCGGCAAGCCAUACUCGUCGAAUGUGGAUUCAUUGUGUUCUGUGGAAGUAAACAUGCGGCGGCGUUACCACAUGUUGGACGCUGCCGCUGGUGACAACACAUUCGCUGUUACGUUGGUCACGUUUCCAUUGAUGGGUGUUGGUGGUUUCACCACGUCAACGGAAACCGAAUCACCGUGCUCCCAGUCUCUUUUCGUACCGGAUGCGUGUAUCAAUGAUUCUCAUCCUCGUUUCAAGGCUCUCACGAACAAUAUUCGUCUACGCCGUGGACGAAAGGUUUGCAUUCAGGUACCGAUGUUUAUUGACAGGUACACCAUGGAGAGGACGGUAGACCCGCGUGUAAAUAUUGAUCUACAUCCCCGUAACGUUGAAAUUGUUUGUACGUUUUCGGGUGAGAAGACUAGUUCGAAGGGAAAGAAAUUUUCAUGUGAUACCAUCACUCCGAAACGCGUUCCUCUAGAAAAUGAAGCAGUAACGAAUAUGACACAUCUUUACACGCCUGUUACGCACUACUACUAUGCUCAAUACUUUCAAAACCUUCAGGCGGAGCGAGUGAAGCAGCGGUACCAGGCUUGCCCCUGUCCCGUUCCAUCUGUAAACCACCCUUGCAUUUACAUGGAUUGUAUGGCCUUUGGGAUGGGCUGCAACUGCCUUCAGCUUACCAUGCAGCUUCCUAAUGAAGCGCAGGCGCGUCAUAUAUACGACCAACUGGGGAUAUUAUGCCCUUUAUUUCUUGCCUUAAGCUCAGCAACCCCGUUUCAAAAGGGCAUUCUCUGCGAGUCGGACGUUCGCUGGUUGACGAUCACCGCCUCCGUUGAUGACCGCAAGUAUGAGGAGGUGCCGCACAUUAUCAAGUCGCGUUAUGACUCAAUUUCUGUAUUUGUCAGUUCAUUGACGCCAAACCUGGAGGAGUUCAACGACGAGGUGCUCAGGAUAAACGACUCUUAUUACAAUUUACUCACUAGGGAAGGUGUGGACUCCCGUUUGGCCACACAUAUUGCGCAUCUCUUCAUUCGAGACCCUCUUGUCAUCUACGACCAGAUGAUAGACAUAGACGACCACACACACGUGGACCACUUUGAAAAUAUUCAAAGCACAAAUUGGCAAACUGUUCGUUUGAAACUUCCCGUGCUUGACAGCACGCUUGGGUGGCGUGUGGAGUUUCGUGUAAUGGACGUGAUGCCAACACCAUUUGAAAACGCAGCAUACUCUGUUUUCGUUGUGUUACUUACGCGUGCCAUUAUGAGGUUUGGUGCCGUUUUUUACACAAAAUUAAGCAUUGUUGAUGAAAAUAUGGGCCGUGCGCACAACAUCAACCCGUGCCAGCAGCAUUAUAUCAUGAGGCGUGACAUAUUCGCAUCCAAAGUAACUACUGAUCCCAGCGAAAACUGUGAGCUCACUGUUGGGGAAGUUAUCAAUGGAAAGCCUGGUGAGUACUAUGGCCUAAUUCCACUUGUUCGUCGGUACCUAGAGGAGGAAAACAUUCAAAGCGAUGUGGUCGAGGGCUACUUAAACUUUAUUUCUAAACGAGCGUGUGGGGAGAUACCAACAGCGGCGCAGUACUUGAGGAACUUUGUUAAGAAGCACCCUGACUACAGGGAAGAUUCGCGAUUGACAGAACAGAUUGCCCAUGAUGUGGUUAACCACGUUCAUCAGCUCGCGUGCGGUGGUAAUGCGAGCGAGUCGAUGAUUGGUGCUUAUACAUUGGGGAGUAAAAGACAACGCGAAGGGUGA